AUGCAUAGAUGCCUUGUGGAUCCAAAUUCAAAACCAGAUAUUGUGUAUCAACCAUUUCUUCCAACAUACUUCAAUAUAAGUGGUAGAACACUAGGUAAUCUCACAACAGCAAAGAGGGAAGGAACUCUUGCAUUCUCACCUGAAAACCCUCUUACUAGAAAAGUUACUGAAGAUGCAAUGGCGAUGGUUGCGCUUGAUAAUCUCAAUGGUUUAUUGGCCCUACUCUUUGACACAAAGAUGCUGCCGCAGCCAAAAGGUUUUAAUAAUUCACAUGAUCUGGAAAAUGCUCUGACUCAACCAAAUGUUAUGAAUCAUAUUUUAGUAGGCAUACAGUUUGAUGACAGUAUGGCAAAUGCAACUAGUUGGCCUGAUGACAUUUCUGUAACAUUAAGGUUUCCUGCUGUAAUGAGAACUCCUAUGGUGGAACACCCAUUGAGAGCAAGCUAUUCACCAGAAAUGUUCCUAGCAGUGCAACAUGCAGUAUCUCAAGAAAUAAUAAAACAAAAAUCAGGAAAAUCUGUUAACACCAAAGUGUAUCUUCAACGUCUACCUCAGAUAGCAUACAGAAACGAUGACUUAUUGAUAGCUUUAGAAAGAUUUAUAUCUAUGAUAAUCAUGCUUUGUUUUGCAUAUACCUUUGUCAACACUGUUAGAGUUGUGACUCAGGAAAAGGAAUUGCAAUUAAAGGAAACUAUGACUGUUAUGGGGCUGCCUUCAUGGCUACACUGGGUUGCCUGGUUUAUUAAGCAAUUUUCAUUUCUUUUUAUAUCAGUAAUUCUUAUGGUAAUUCUAUUCAAGACCCCAUUCAACUCAACAGCAGCAGGCGAUAAAUAUGCUGUCCUAACAUUCACACCAUGGCCAGUACUGCUGUUUUUUAUGCUGCUGUUUGUGAUAUCUUCACUGGCUUUUUGUUUUAUGGUCAGUGUUUUCUUCUCAAGAGGUCUUGUACGAAGAUAUCAGUCUAACUACCAAACUACUGUUGAGUUUAAUAUCAAAUACGGCAAUGGGAUAUGCCUUCCAAAUGAUAAUCAUUUGCGAGGGCACCUCAAGAGGUCUGCAAUGGAGCGAAUUUUUCACAUCGAUAUCCUACCACGACCAAUUUCAACCCGGCCAUGUUGUCCUCAUGUUGAUAUUGGACACGAUACUCUACAUGCUGAUUGCGAUGUACGUGGAGAAGAUCAGGCCCGGCCUUUACGGGGUGCCAUUGCCUUGGUAUUUUCUAUUCACGAAGAGUUUUUGGUUCCCCAACAAGAAAAAACUGCCAGGAUAACUAAGACGGAUGGUGUCGAUAAAGAAUAUAACGAUGCUCUACUGCAAGUUGUUCACGACGAGGAACCGAAGGGAGCACCGAUGGGCAUCUGUAUAGAGAAUCUCACCAAAGUCUACAAAGGUCGAAAGAAAGCUGUCGACAACUUGAAUCUCAGAAUGUACGAGAAUGAAAUAACUGUGUUGCUAGGUCACAAUGGAGCCGGAAAGACGACGACAAUUUCUAUGCUCACAGGUAUGGUAACACCUUCGUCCGGUUCGGCCAUAAUAAACGGGUACAACAUUGUGACGGAGACAGAACUAGCACGGAAGUCCCUCGGCAUCUGUCCCCAGCACAACGUCCUGUUCCCCGACCUCACAGUGGCCGAGCACAUAAUAUUUUAUUCGCGCCUGAAAGGCGUCUCGAGGAAUAAGUUACAAAACGAGGUCGAUCACUUCGUCAAGUUGCUGGAGUUAGAAGAGAAGAAGGAUGUGGUGUCGAAGAACCUGUCGGGCGGCCAAAAGCGUCGGCUGUCGGUCGGGGUUGCAAUGUGCGGCUCAUCCCGUGUGGUGCUGCUCGAUGAACCCACCUCAGGUCUGGACCCGGCUGCGAGGAGGUCCUUGUGGGACUUACUACAGAAGGAGAAGAAAGGGCGCACGAUGAUAAUGACGACCCAUUUCAUGGACGAGGCGGACGUGCUCGGCGAUCGCAUCGCCAUUAUGUCUGGCGGGCGCCUGCAGUGUGUCGGCACACCGUACUUCCUGAAGAAGCACUACGGCAUCGGAUACAAGAUCACCAUAGUGAAGAGGGACGAUUGCAACGUAGACGAAGUGACCGCCUUCUUCAGGCGCCACGUGCACGACGUGAGGCAGAACACGAAUAUAGGCUCAGAGCUGACAUACAUCUUGCCCAAUGAGCAGGUCAGUCGGUUCCCGGAGAUGCUUAGGGAGUUCGAGGAGAGACGAGAGUCUAUGCACGUUUCUAGCUACGGACUGUCGGUGACCAGCCUCGAGGAGGUUUUCAUGAAAGCUGGUGUCGAAGACAACUCCGAAGUGUCCGCCGUCAAAAGGAACAAUUACGUCGGCGCGAACGAUUGUGCAGUAGUCCCUAUUGACUCUCAUCAAAACAACAUAGAAUUGAAAACGUUUUCAGGAAACGGCAGCAACGAGCCGAUACAGAAAGUCAGAGGGCUGCGUUUACUGAGGAACCACAUAAAAGCCAUGUUCUUGAAGCUCGUCUACAACACGAUGAGGAACAAACUCGCCGCCCUGAUACAGUUCGUGACGCCCAUAAUUAACAUCACCCUGUCUGUGAUAAUCGCGCGCUCGUGGAAGUUCAUAUCGCAGCUGCCGGCGUUAGAGCUGAGCCUUGAGAGCGGCUUUAAAGCGACGGAGACUUUAAUGUCGCGGGGUGCCAAUCUGACGGAGGGCAGUUUGGAGAACAAGGCGAUGCUAGCCUACAAGGACUACUUCAAGUCGUCCACCAACCCAGGAAUGACGAUCAACGACUUGGGGACGAUGAAUUUGGGAAAGUUCUAUAUGAAAUUGUCACAGUCAGAUCUAGCUCGGGUGCGGUAUGAGACACUGGUUGGCGCUACGUUCGCCCCGCACCGGAUAACCGGCUGGUUCAGCAACUACGGGUACCACGACUCUGCUAUCUCGCUCGCUCUCGUGAACAACGCCAUUAUGCGCGCUCUGUCGCCCGGCAGCUCGUUAAGAAUAAUCAAUCACCCGCUGCCGUAUUCCAUAGAAAACUUGGUUAGAGUGAUGGCGUCAAGUGGCAGUAUGGGAUUUCAGUUCGCGUUUAACAUUGGAUUUUGUAUGGCUUUUGUCACGUCCUUUCUUGUACUGUUUGUGGUGAAGGAGCGUGUCGGUGGCGCGAAGUUGCUGCAGCGCAUAUCUGGCGUGCGGCCCGCCGUGAUGUGGGGCGCCGCGCUGGUCUGGGACUGGCUGUGGCUGCUGAUGGUCUACCUGUGCAUCGUGCUCACACUCGCCUGCUUCCAGGAGAACACGCUCGCCACGCCCGAAGAGCUAGGGCGGGUGCUUUUAGUGUUGAUGGUGUUUUCUUUGGCGACCAUACCGAUGCACUAUUUGGCGUCUUUCUAUUUCGAGGCCGCUGCCACCGGUUUCUCGAAAAUGUGUUUCAUGAAUAUAUUCUGCGGAUGUAUGCCGUUCCUGAUAACCGAAGUGCUGAGGUUACCAGAAGUGGGCAGCCCAUACUACGCCCAUAUAUUCGAUUGGAUAUUCUCCCCGCUGCCAAUUUACUGCAUCAGUCGGAGUUUCAGGGACAUGAGCGUUGCUUCGUUCUCAAUGCUGGCGUGCGACAGCCUGUGCGAGCAAUUUGUCAACAUCGAUAACUGCACUCGCCACACGAUCUGCACACACCUCAACAUCUCGGUUUGUUGUAUUGAGGACGAUCCGUUCCUGAAAUGGAGCGAACCGGGCAUUGGUCGGUAUUUGUUUAUGAUGGCGCUAAUGGGAAUUAUCACGUUCACAACGCUUUUGGUCAAAGAGUACGAGAUUUUGAAUAAGAUAUUCUACAAAGAGACGUCGCACCGUCCGCCAGAAGUGGACCCCGGGGAGGACAGCGACGUCGCCGCCGAGCGCGCCUUCGUCCACGGCCUCACGAGGCAGCAAAUCGCACAGCAGAGUCUGGUCUGCAAGGACCUCACCAAGUACUACAAGGACUUCCUAGCCGUCAAUCGCCUCACGUUUGCGGUGCACCGCGGCGAGUGCUUCGGGCUGCUGGGCGUGAACGGCGCGGGCAAGACGAGCACCUUCCGCAUGCUGACCGGCGACGCGCGGCUCUCCUGCGGCGACGCGCACCUUCACGGCCUCGCGAUCAAGACGCAGCUGCAGCAGGUCUACCGCCACAUAGGAUACUGUCCCCAAUUCGAUGCAUUGCUCGACAAUUUGACGCCACGUGAGACCCUUAGAAUUUUCUGCCUGCUGCGCGGCAUUCCCGUGCAAGUGGGUUCCGCUAGGGCGCUGCAUCUCGCCGGUGUGCUCGGCUUUACGAAACACUACGAUAAAAAGGUGCACGAAUGCAGCGGCGGUACGAAAAGGAAAAUAAGCACAGCGCUGGCGCUGCUCGGCGAUUCACCGCUAGUGUUCCUCGACGAGCCCACCACAGGGAUGGACCCGGCCUCGAAGCGGCUGGUGUGGUCGUGCGUGAGCGAGGCGGCGGCGUCGGGCCGCAGCGUGGUGCUCACGUCGCACAGCAUGGAGGAGUGCGAGGCGCUCUGCUCGCGGCUCACCGUCAUGGUGAAUGGGCGGCUGCACUGCCUGGGGCCGCUGCAGCACCUCAAGACCAAGUUCUCCCAGGGUUAUACAUUAAUAGUUAAAGCAAAAUCUGGUCCAGAGAGAGACAAUAACAUUGUCAGUAUUAAUCAGCAUAUACUAGAUAAUUUCAAAGAGGCAAAGCUAAUUGAGACUUACUUAGGCAUCAGUACGUACUACUUAAAGGACGCCGAUUUGCCCUGGUGGCGUGUGUUCCACGUAAUGGAGGAGUCGCGUCAGGAACUCCCAAUCGAAGAUUAUUCCGUCUCGCAAACAACGCUAGAACAGGUUUUCCUCGGCUUUACCAGGAUGCAAGGUAAAGAAGAG